UGGUUGUUAGGAAAAUGGAGAUUACCAGUUUCAGAUGACAUUCUCUUUAUUAAUAACUUCUAAGGACCAGAGAUGACCAAAGAGUUGACUUUAUAAUUAAGGAGGAGAUUUCGGCUCCCUGAUUGUGUAUGUAUAUAUACAACGCGCUCUGUCUGGGAAGUUUAUUUACGGAGCAUCCUCUAAAGCAGAACCUUGCCAGGCCGAACAUAAAUCUAACAAGCUUCCUCACCAUGAAGAUAACAGGAGGUUUUCUGCUCCUCUCUCUGGCUCUUUUCUUCUUCUUUUCAGAUGUUGCCGGCCAAGAGAAGGACAAAACACACUGGAUGAAGGGAUCAGAGGGCCGUGUGGCUGGGAGAGGUAUCUUAAGGAGGCGGCUCUUUCAAGUUGAUUGUUCCGAGUUCCAGGAUCCCAAGAUGUAUUGUACCAGGGAAUCUAACCCCCACUGUGGUUCCGAUGGCCAGACAUAUGGCAACAAAUGCGCUUUCUGUAAAGCAUCUAUGAAAAGUGGUGGGAAGAUCAGCCUAAAGCAUCAAGGAAAAUGCUGAGGCCAGUCUCGUGCUCCCAGAGACCGCCGUUUUCCUCCCCUCCUCCCCUCCGCCCCCACCCCGUACCCCUUUCUGCUUUUACUUUUCUGUAGUGGAUCCCUUCAUAGAGACACAUCUUCUGCUCAGCCUGGGCCCUGGUGGUUUCUAUUCCCCUUGAUUCGCUCGUUCAAUAAAGUAAACUCAGCAGAAUC